CGGGCGGCAUUGCGGGCCCGCGGUUCGGGCGGCUCCGGCUCGAGGUCGGGCUCCGUUGCUGCCGGCGCCCUCGGGGCUGCAUCGUCCUCCGGCUUGGCCCGCUCACAGGGCCGCGCGCGACUCGUUCAGCUGCAGCUCUGCUGCCGGCGCCCGGGGCGCUGCCGCGGCCGUGAGCCGGCGAGUCCGUAAGGGCGGCGGGGCCGCGGGGUCGGGGCGCGGCGCGCGGGCGCAGGUCUAUGUCGCGGGCGGCGGCGGCGGCGGCGGCCGCGCAGGGACGAUGCGCGAGUACAAAGUGGUGGUGCUGGGCUCGGGCGGGGUAGGCAAAUCCGCCCUGACCGUGCAGUUCGUGACCGGCACCUUCAUUGAGAAAUACGACCCCACCAUCGAGGAUUUCUAUCGCAAGGAGAUCGAGGUGGACUCGUCGCCUUCGGUGCUGGAGAUCCUGGACACGGCGGGCACCGAGCAGUUCGCGUCCAUGCGGGACCUGUACAUCAAGAACGGCCAGGGCUUCAUCCUGGUCUACAGCCUGGUCAACCAGCAGAGCUUCCAGGACAUCAAGCCCAUGCGGGACCAGAUCAUCCGCGUGAAGCGGUAUGAGAAGGUUCCAGUCAUCCUGGUGGGGAACAAGGUGGACCUGGAGAGUGAGAGAGAAGUGUCCUCCAACGAAGGCCGCGCCUUGGCCGAGGAGUGGGGCUGCCCCUUUAUGGAGACUUCUGCUAAGAGCAAAACGAUGGUGGAUGAGCUCUUUGCUGAAAUUGUGCGGCAGAUGAACUAUGCAGCUCAGCCUGACAAAGAUGACCCAUGCUGUUCUGCCUGUAACAUACAAUAGCAUCCGAACAUGGCUGCCCCGGACAGGAUUCGUAUAGGCUCGUAGGCACCAGUAACCUUGUCUACUGCACUGCAGUUUGUAGGAUGGGUGUUGUGUGAGUCAACGGUGCACUGGAACCUUCAGGCCGGAUGGCCAGCUGAUGCCUCUGAGUACCUGUGGGUUCCGUGACUACAGCCUCCACCUCUGUCCUCAGUCCUCUGUACAUCUGCAACCUGAAGGCCCCACCACCAAGCUACAGGGUGACCUCAUUUGUCGUGAUGAUGGCAUUGCUGUUGAGGUGACAGAAGCCACUGUUGGGUAAACUAAAAAUAAUCAUGAGAGAGAAACCAGAAGAAUUCCUAUGAUCACUAACAAUUAAAAUAUUUUGUUGUCUUAAAAAAAAAUAAAGGAGAAAUAUUUUCCUACAAGAGUACUGAAGUCAGGAAUGGAUGGAGCUUCUAGCCAGUGUAUUCCGUCCAGUAAAACAGCAUUGCAGGGAGACUCUGCCCAGCUGACACAUUUCUAGUUUUCAAAUUGAUGCCUAAUCGUAGAUGUUAUCCUAAUUCGUGACAUGAAACUCACAUAUCAAUCCUCAGUAGAGUAAAAGUCAGAACAAGGCUGUGUGAAGACCCAAUCUGGCUUUAGAAUUUGUCGGAUCACCUGCUCUGCCACAGAAAAUAGUCUCAUAGGGGUUAUGAAAAUUGAGUCGCACGCCCACCCUCUGCUAACGGAGCAGGGAUGGUCUUUAUUUACUGAACAAGACAGAAGCAGCUGAGACGGAGAGCCAGCCUCACUAACGAGCCUUGUAGCCGAUUAACCAUCGCAGAAGGAAAAUGAAGCCAUGUUACACCCACACGCUCCCAUUUGCAGACACCCCACAGGACAGUAUAGACAUCUGGCUUUGUGUGUGUGUGUGUGUGUGUAUGUGUGUGUGUGUGUGUGUGUGUGUUCGUGAAAGCAGCCUUUAAGGGCCACGGUUGCAAUGGGAUCCUUGGCUCACCUGCUUUGGAAAUCCAGUUUGCUGUAUCACAGCUUUAUUGUAGGCAUUUAAAACAAAAACCAGAUUGAACAACCUAUGAAAUAAUUUGGGCUUAAAAGUCGAGUAUAAAUUAUUUUAGGGAGGGAAGGAAGGGACACAGAACCUCUUAUCUUCCCUUUUCUGGAGAAUCAUGGAAGCUUUUCAUGUGUGCAUUCCGCCCUGAUGGCCGAAGUGGCUGGCACACACUGCCUGAGUCUUCUGUUUCGAAAGGGUGCUUAAGCUCUGGCAUUUUUGGCCAUGAAGUGUUUUAUCAUUUGCAUGAGUAAUGGCACAGGAAAAAAAUUUCAGUUCAGGAGUUUGAGGAGCGUGGAAGGGUUCUUCUCCCCUCCCUUAGAGGCGUAAGUGCUGGUGACUGUCUUGAUCCUGCCCUCUGAAGAUCAGUGUGGCCUUCAGAACCACAGUGUCACUGAGCCCGGAAGCACUUGGGGCCCAUGCCUUCUCAGCUUCACAGUCUCCUGCAAGUAACCACUUAGUCUUGUGUGUACCAGAGAGAAGAGUGUGUUUGUGUGUGCAUGUGUGUUUAUCCUUCCUAAGAAUUUGGCACAAUUCAGAGGCCAUUGCCUUGACUGAGAAUCUAUACUGCAGAACACAAUGUAUAAGCAAGCAGUUUUUAAAUUAUUAGUCUCUUACAAGCCAUUGGAAUCUCCCCCACCCCAAGUAUUUAGUAGCUGGCUUUAAGUUUACAAGAUAGGGUGACAAGGUCAAUGGUUUUUGUCAUAUGUGAGAAAAUAAAUAAAUAAAUAAUGUGGGUAAAACCAGGUUGUGGGUGUUAGAGAGUCUUUGAGAAUUCAUGGUCUUCAGCGCCAUUUUCUCCACUUAGGAAGUACCACAUUUUAUAGGACAGAAAACCCUAACAGUUUUCUUGAAACAAAGUCGAUUAUGUCAAAGUUGAUUUUGACUCAGACAUAUGGGACUGAAGAAGUGUGUUUCAUCUGCUGAAGUACAAACGUUAGUGUGAGACCUCUCCGGCCUCUAACUUGUCCGACUCAUUCUCAUUUUUAGAAUCUCAUAAUGAACAGCAAUUUAUGAUAUUGCAUAUUAGAAGGGGCUGUACAGAUCCCACAGCCUUACGUCAUGGAUGGCCCAUGCAGACAAGGAAAGGGUGUGAAGCCUGAGAAAGCCGGGCAAGGUGUGAAGUGGGAGCGUUUGCCAGGCGUCUGGGCAGGCUCUUCCUACAGCCCAGUGUUUACACCAGCCCUUCAUAGUGCCCGGGCAUCGCUUCCCCGGGCCAAACUGUGCCACACCCUCCCCCUGUUCCUCUGGUGCAAGUCUGACUGACGGUUGUGUAUGAUGUUUGCCAAGAUGGGGAUAAAAACCCAAGGACAGGAAAAGGACACUUGUCAGCACAUGAAAUGGCAGGGCACAGAGGAGAGCCGGCCCAUCGAUAUUUCUUUAAAGCCCAAUCCGCCUAGCAACCAGAUAAAUGAAAGUUUGUUCUAACAUGCCUUAAAAAUAUGGUUUGACCCCAAAGACCCACAUUUCUUUAGCUAUUACUUAGUUUUCUUUGCUUUGUUUUUUACUUUUCACACAGAGCCAGGUUUUUGUUUUGUUUUAGGUUUCUUUCUUUUAUGGUGUAACUUGCGGGUUCUUUUAAGCUGUGGCAGCGACGGUAACCAACGCCUUUCCGCUCCUCAGCUUCCACAAGACAAGCCAGCAUCUGCUGGGAAGCCUUCUAGGUGUUUCCGUACACCGUGAGAGGUGCUUUGACGCUCCCACCCUGCCCGUGCACCCCUGUUGCCACUCUCUGGGGUAAAACUACUGAUGCUUGCUUGCUUCUUGUGUUGCCCAUGGACGGCUGCGGUGUGCCGUCCAGUGUGAGUGUGGCUGCUGGUGAGUGUGACGGCGCUUUGGCCUCCACUGCUCUGGGGGUGCUUAGCUGCUUAGUUUCUCCAUCAAUAGCCCCCCUCCCCCGUUAGCACUGGCUCAGCUUUAACUGUCUCCUCAGCCAAUCAGAUGUUGAAGACCAUGGGGGUCCUCUUGCUUAAUUUGUCCUCGUGUAUCUAUUAAACCUUGAUCAGGGUUUCUAGAAUGGCUGCAGUAGAUUUUGAAAACAGACUUACCGUUAUUGAUUUGGGAUUCCCCAGAGAUCCAGUUCACAGUUAAUUGUUGAACUCUAAUACAACUGACCAUUUAAAAAUGAACAACGGCUUAUUGUUUUGUAACAGUGUCGGGUGAGCCCUGACAUUUCAGUUGAAACAUGAAUUGUCAUUAUAACUCAAUGCAAAUUCAACAGUUGUAUUUGGAGUUAAAUUAUUUUAACAAAUAAAUUUAUUUAAUGAAA